CAGUAGUUCUACUCCUAGGAAUGUAGUCAACAGAAAUGUGUGCAUAUUAUGUCAGUCAAAGUUUAAUCAAAGAAACAGAACCACUAGAAGAUGUCUGAAGGGAUUUAUUGCAAGAAUUUGGUCUUACCCAGUUGUGGGAGCUGGCUAGACAGUCUGUGUGAAGCUGCUUUCUUUCCACCUGAUGAUGGAGCUUGAACUCUACCAGGUGGGCAGUCAUGGAAGAAGAGAGUAUGGUUGGGAAGAUGGAGAGAAGCUGACGCUCAUGAGGACGUACAGGAACCCAGGGAACAUGGUGGAAUGGUGCCUACCUCAAGAUAUUGACCUUGAAGGUGUUGAGUUCAAGUCUAUGGCCAGUGGGUCCCAUAAAAUUCAGUCUGACUUCAUCUAUUUCCGAAAGGGGCCCUUCUUCGGCCUGGCCUGCUUCGCCAACAUGCCUGUGGAGAGUGAGCUGGAGCGCGGCGCCCGAAUGAAGUCUGUGGGCAUCCUGUCUCCGUCCUACACCCUGCUUUACCGGUACAUGCACUUCCUGGAGAACCAGGUUCGACACCAGCUGGAGACACCGGGACAUUACUCCCAUCUGGCUGCAUUCUACGAGGACAAGAAAGGGGUGCUCCAUGCCGGUCUGGGGAGAGGCAGCAGCCUGCCCCCCGUCUACUGGCUGCCUUCCAUCCACCGAUACAUGUAUCCCGAGAUGAAGAUCACACACCCAGCUGGCUGCAUGUCUCAGUUUAUCAAGUUCUUUGGAGAACAGAUCAUCAUCCUUUGGAAAUUUGCCUUACUUCGAAAGCGCAUUUUGAUAUUUUCUCCCCCUCCCGUGGGUGUCGUAUGCUAUAGAGUAUAUUGCUGUUGCUGUCUGGCCAACGUCUCGCUGCCGGGCAUCGGGGGCACCGUUCCUGAGUCCAAGCCCUUCUUCUAUGUGAACGUGGCUGACAUCGAGAGCCUGGAGGUAGAGGUGUCCUAUGUGGCCUGCACCACAGAGAAGAUUUUCGAGGAGAAGCGGGAACUGUAUGAUGUCUAUGUGGAUAACCAGAACGUGAAGACACACCACGACCACCUGCAGCCCCUGCUGAAGAUCAACAGUGCUGACCGUGAGAAGUACCGGCGGCUCAAUGAGCAGAGGCAGAUGCUGCUGUACUCCCAGGAGGUGGAAGAAGAGUACAACCCUUGUGAGGAGGACCUCUUUGUGCUGUUUUUCCUAGAGCAAAACAACCGGAUAUUUCAGACUUUGCUGGAGGUGUCCGCCAGUCAAGAUAAAACCCUGACCGCUGAGCAUGCCCGCGGCAUGGGUCUAGACCCACAAGGGGACCGGAGCUUUCUGAUGGACCUGCUGGAGGCCUACGGCAUCGACGUCAUGUUGGUCAUCGACAACCCCUGUUGCCCAUAGGAAGAGUGGGCCAAGGCUGGUGAGCCUCUCUCGCGUGGGGCUCUCACGCCGGGCCCCAGAAGACCUCAUUUUUUUAUUAAGUUGACGCACAGGACUAUGGUUUCUACUUUCCAACAAAUGUGAUUUUUGCAGUCUCCUUUCUUCCCCUCCUCCCUAGUGGUAAGACGAGACCACCUUGGUUUUAUGUCCUGCUUUGGUACGAUGUGGGAAUCUACCACUUUCUCCCAGAACUGCUGCCUGAUUUGGUGAUCAGAGCAGAUUCUCUCAUCUCCUUGUUGAGUGACUUGAGGGGCUGUGGUGAAGGCCAUCUAUCACUAGGAGCGGGCCGAGCUCUGCAAACACUGGGGCAGACUCCUCAGAGAGUACCUUGAGGUACUCGAGAAUGAGAGAGCUGUCCCGGAUGGCCGUGGAUGUGCAUCUCCUGGAGAUGGAAGUUAGCUAGACCUCAUGACCCUUCAAGGUUCUUCUCCGUUCCGGGAGUUCAGGGUUGGGAUCAAAUCCCUCUUCCUGUUCACUAGGGCAAACCUGCAUCUUCUCUGUUCAUGUGGGUAGAGACCUCAGAGAGGAACAAAAGGAUGUUUCUGUCGCUAAGGAUGAGCUUCUCUGAGGACAGAAUGACAGGAAGAGGUUUCUUGCCAGCCAGCUGGAAAUUCAAGUUGUAGAAUGAAGCCUGGAAACUUCCCUCAGAGUAAAUUAGUGGUGGCCCCUCCAUGUGAUACUGCCUUCUUUUCCCUGAGUCCCUCUCCUCUAGGGAUGGCCCUGGAGCUCGCAAGCAAACUCAUUUUACAGUGUAGUUUCCUUGAAGGGCUCACUAUCCUCUUGGAGUAAUUUUGGUAUUUUUACAGAGUAAUGUUUGUUGCUACCAAAGGCAGAGCCAUUGGGGUUCAAACAGGAGAGAGAAGAGGUUUCUCCAUCUGAGAGUUCUCUGGACACAUCGCUGGCAGAGCCUCUGGAUCAAAACCGAGACUGGCUGGGUUCCGUAGUCAAGCAAGCAAGGGUCUGCGCUGGUCGCUCCGAGUCCGGAGCAAGACUGGGUAGCAGCUCGGAGCCCUCGCCGAUUUCUCUCUCGCGGAGAGGACGUUCCUUGAGCGAAGUAGUUGGGGCCAGAUACUGACACGUGCGUCAAGAGCGAGAAUUUGACAGUGCCUUCACCCGGGGAAGGGGUUGGAACCCCUGGGUGUCCGUGGUGAGUUCGCCUGCACUCCCCUGACAUGUUUUGGUCUGACAUGACUCCUGUCGGUCCCUGCCUCUUCUCUCCGGCCGGCCCAUUGCAGGGACACCGACUUGGACGAGACGGGAGUAGCUUGAAGCUAGCUCUCGUGAGUAGAUUUGAGGUCUUUGGGGCCAUAGUUUAGGAUUUGGACUUGGGCUCCUGGGUUGUUGGUGACCGUUUCUUCCCUUUGGACCUUCUGCCUGGCUGUGUCUUUGGCCUAGCCAUCCACGGAUCCACGUCUGUGCCCGGGUUCCAGCCGGGCUAAUACAGCAGAGAAAUAACCUUCGAAUGGAUGGAUCACACGUUUGAUCUCAAGACUAGCUUUUUAGGGCUCAUUGCUUUAUUCAGAAGUAUUUUCACUGUAGCUCCUUGAUACGGGAUUCAAGACUAAAGAAAUUCACAUGGACAGAUGGAAAUACAUCCUGGUUAAUCAAAGUAGCAUCUUUGAUGUAAAUAUGUAAGUUUGGGCAUUGAAAUGUAAAGUGUACAACUAAUACUCUUCGCUCCUCCCUGUGGGUUUAGCCAUCAUUUCAGUCAGAUGUAUUUUUACAAAAGAAGCUUCACCACCUCUUUCCUUGAAGAGCAGCCUUCUCUUGUCUCUGGGGAAGGAGCAGCCUUUCUGGCCUGGGUCAAGUAAUGGUGACUUUCCGUGGUGUCUGAAGGCUCAAGGUUUUCGAAGUUGGGGGGGUGGGGUGUGUCUCAAGCAGGGGUAGGGGUGACAGGAAAGGUCGGAUUCUCUCGGUGGACGUAGGCCCCCUUCCUCAGGACCCGAGGGGUCUGUUGGAAGAUGACCGUCUUUAAGCACUUCUGCGCGCAGACACUUGUGUUUCUGGGGAAUUGUAACUCCAGGUCACAAGUACUCGUGUAAAGGUCAUAAGGUGAAAAUGAGGUUCCGGUAUUUUCCUUUGCAUGGUGGGUAGGGCUCCGGGCUCCUUGCAGCUCUGCCCUCUUCCAGGUGGCUGUGUGGCCUCUCCGUGCGGUCCCCUCACACUCGUGCAGGGGGCAGGGGGAUGGGCGCCGGGGGGAGUGUACAAGCGAGCCUGGGCUCAGCUGACCCCAAAACAGAACUUCUCCCCCACCCACCCCGUAUCGCUUUUAAGGGAGAACCCAAGGACUCUGUCCUUCCCUUGCAGCUUCCCUCUGGGCCAGAAGCCCGCCGCCACACCCCCUGGCCGGCUGAGCAGCAUGCCCGUUGGCUCUGUACUCCCCGUGGUCACUGUUCACCGUCCCCCGAGCGUCUCUUGCCUCGAUGGUGAUACGGAGCCUCUUGCUUCUGAGGUCACCUUUUGAAGACUUGCUCUGUACCCGACUCUGCUCCCGUCCCCCUGUCCUCCCCCGUGUGUCCGGUUAGCAGCCCACUCAGCAUCAUCUGCUGCCCCUCCGCUAAAAGGGGCACGGGGGUGUGGGGUACCUGGCAGGACUCCCCGCGGUGACAGCAGAAGCGAGAAGCCGCACGGACCUGCUUUUCUGUCAUUGUUGAGCGGUUUCCUUAAAAGCCUUCUGCUUUUGUUCAGAAGACAUGAUCGGCAGCCUUCUUUCCUGCCUCAUAGGUCCGUAAGCUCUGGAGGGGCAGGGAUUCUUACCACGGACUCCUGAAGCAGGGCUGGAAGCCGAGGGUGGAGGAGCUUGACUGAUGAUCACCUUCUGCCCUCUCGACUGUUGAACCUCAUCCCCCGCCCCCGCUCCCACCCCAGCUGGCUUGGUCCUCCCGAGACCUUGAAGCCUGAUCUAAUGCCAUGCUGUGAGCCAUGAGCUCACCUGGAAACACUGCUGACCCGAGACAUCUGGGCUGCUGUCGUUUCUGAAUUGAGUCUGACAAAAGCCAGGUGGCAAGGUGCCUUAUGGGGCCAGGAAUCCAGGCUUAGGGUUUAUUGGUGUCCAGCAAAAUGUGACAGAGUCCUAUUAAAGUGGGAUUUUUUUUUUUUCCAAUUCUGCAGGCUUGGCAGAUGGUAAUAUUCAGCCUUGGAGAAAAUGUCCAGUUGUGCUCUGGCGUAGGAUUCUCUCUCCAGAAGGAGUCAGAAACGGUAGGAUUUAUCUCCUACGAGAACCAGAAGUGUGGGCCGGACGAUGGUUUAGCAUUAACGAUGGCUUUCAUCAGGCACGAAGCUCUCCUCGGGCCUGGUGUAGAUCUGUCCACGGCGCCACCUGGGGCCUCGUCCGGUCCUCAGUCAGGACAGCCUUGAACGAGAAGGCACCUGCCCCCCCAACGACUGCCACCCAGCAUGGCAGCUCUUCUUCCGUUUGGCCAGGAAACGGGUGCUGAAUUCAUUGAUCAUGAUAGAAAUCAUUGAGCCCAGAAUCUGCAUCUAGAACUUACCUUGUGUUGUUCCCCAUGAACAUCAGGGUGGGAAUUUUCAGGGUAGCGCAGACCAUUCUAAAUACCACCUGUGCCGACUCAUUUGUCAGCAUAACUACCUGGUAUUUUCGCCAGAAGAUAAAGGUAAAGAUGAAUCAUAGCUGAGUCGCUGUUUUUCAUUCUGGUGGCUAUGAGGAUGAACUUGCUAUUUGUCUUGAUAUGCUGAAAGCCUUUCUAACACAAUAAAAAGAUGAGAUUAUUCAGCUUGAAGCUGAGGCCUGCAGGGAGCCUUCAGGAAAGGGCAGUCGUGAAUUAAACCGGCGGGGCAGCAGCCCUCUGGAUAGAGGCAGGGACCUCAGGGACCUUUUGUUUUCCUUUUUUUCUGAAACUAUAGCCAGGGAAUGGAUUGAGACGCUUUCUCCAAGUCCCUGGACAGAUCAGACUUGCAGAGGUAAGGGGGCAGGAGGGUGCUGAAUAAAUCAUAAGGCGAUGGUCAGCUUGACCGUGAACUUUGUUUCGUUAGUCUGUCAGUUCUGAAACAGGCAAGAAAGUCAACAUGGGGACCAACGUGUCAUGCAGGGGCUUUCACCUCCCUGUCCGGUUCCUCGCUAGCAGGCUCGGAAUCUGUGAGGUCCGGCCCAAGGAUCUUCCCAGCGCACCUCACAGCAAGGCUCCUAGAGCCGGACGCUGCCCUCCGCUGGCCCGACCUGUCCCUUCUCAUUUCAGGGAAACCCUUUUCUGAUGCAGGUAGGGGAAGAGCAGGAGUCGAGGGCUCCUCUUACUCCUGAGUGGUGGAUUUUUGGUAUUCCAUUCUAAGACUCAUAUACCUCUGUUCCCAGGAGCUGCUAGAGCCCCGAGUGUUGGGAGAAAGGCUGUGAAUUAAGUUAAUAUUUUUCUUAUAAGAAAUGGGAGUCUAUUUUUCUAUCGAUAUUACUAUGUGAUGAAUGGAGUGUGCAGAUGUUGAAAGGGAAGGAGAUUUCAAAACUAUAAGCCUCGAAAUGCGGAAGUUUUGUCAUUUGG